CUCAAGACAUUAGCUGUCAAUCAAUGGGUUUAACAGUAAAAGUCAAAAGUGUUUUGACAUUCAUUACAUUCAUUACAUUCAUAGCAUUGACUGCAGUGUUGUUGUGUUGAGUGUGAGUCAAGUCAUGUGACUGAAUGUCAUCUGUGGUCAGCUGUUUGUAGACUCAUAACUAACUCAUCACUUAAUGUAUAGACAAUUAUCUGUUGAAUUGAUCCAAUAAUUUGAGUACAUUUCUGGUUACUUAACAUAUCAGAUAUGUGUCAGUCAUGUUAUGAACUAUUUAUCACUUAAUUGGUGACAAUUGUCUCCAAAAACUAUGACUCAACACAACUGUGCCAUUGAUGUGACGUUUCAGUGAUUAUAAUAGGAUUUGUGUGGUGUUUAUGAAGACAAUGAUAUUAUCGGUGGACAUGAAUGUCAUGUAUUUGUGUACUGUUUUGGCACUUGUAGUGCCUAUUAUUAUAUUGUGUCUCAUCAGGACUAUCUUAUGGCUUAUCUCAUGGUAUUUGUAUCGCAAGUAUUCAAUAAAACUUCGGGUGAAUCGCAUCGGCUUUCUGUCCAUCAAUCAGAUUGUUAUCACAUUAGCCGAUAUUGCCGUCAAUAUUGAGAUUGAAUGUAUUGGAUUGUCGACAAAACUAGUGAAUCAAAAAUAUGCAUCUCUUGUUGUUAUCAAACUUUCAGACAUUAGACUUGAAGGCGAUUUAAUUUCAGCCUUUAAAUCAAUUAAGUCAUAUGAAAGUCAAUUACAAUCUGAAAAUGUCAUUAAAAAUGACGACAAGAAAGUGCCUCAAAAAGUCGUCUCAUUUUUAAAUCUUUUGCGACGACUAUCGCGACUAAGAUUUAUAUCGAUAUCAUUACACAAUACAAGUCUUAUGCAAUUAGGUCUCAUCAAUGAAAACACUAAUAAUGAGUGUUUGUUUCAUUCAAACAUUCAAAUGAUUAAAAUUUAUAUGACAAAUGUCCACAAAAAUAAGUUAACUUUAAUGACUAAUUUUGAGGGAAUUUCUUUGAAACUAUUGAAACAUAUGAAUAAAGACAACUGUGAAACAUGUUUAGCACAGGUAUCACUUGUAAUGUUAGGUAGUCUACGGGUCGAAGAUAACAAUCAGAUCUCAACUGAUGUCGCACUUCUUAAUCCAGAAAUUAUUUUAUACGAUAUUUUACCAAUUAUUAAGUCAUUCAAAAUGGCAAACAUUAGUCGCGCAAACCCACCAAAUAGUGAAGGAUUUAUCACUAAAAUAUUAAAUAAUAAUUUAAAACAAAAAAUGCAUAAAUUAUUGAAACAGGCAACUGUCAGAUUAGAUAAUAGUUUAUUGAAAUUGGUGAGAGAGUCCGGUCAAAAGGCACUGACCAUUCAUAUAAAGACCAUUGAAGCCGAUCUCACAAAAACCAGUUGCUCUGAGCUCGAGACCCGACUUAUAGUUAGUGAUAUGAAAGUAAAGGACACCAAUGCUAUGGUGUCGACCAUUAAUAGAGUCAAUUUAAUCGCCAAAAUUGAAAGAGAAAAAUCAAUUCAACAAAGACAUCAAUUGUUUGUCGUCUCUGAACUGUCGUCGUGUCAUAUCAUAUAUAACGACGAAGAGAUUCGUUAUUGGAUUGAUUUGAUUAAUAAAACAUACGAAGCAAACAAUGAUAUUAUCAAUAGUGAAGACAAACAAAGCACUCAAUUGAAUAAUUCAUUUCUUAAAGAUUUACCAAAAUUUAGUGCCUCUUUAGACAUCAAUGAUUUAGAGUUUUCAGUUAAUCCCAAUCCCAUAAAUCAUUCAAUGGUUACAUACGGAUUAAGUCACGCAAAGAUUGGUUAUGUUCUCAAUUCUGAUCCAUUAUUCCGGGAAAUGAGUUUUGAACUUUUAUUGGAGACAUUUUGGUGUUGGAAUGGCAAUAGAGAUCUUAGGCCUUCAAAUCCUAAUUCUCUUAAGAGAUAUCAUCAAAAACACGUACCACUCUUUACAUCGAUGCUCUUCUUAAAGUGCCGUCAUAUGAAUCUUUCAGAAUUUCGAGUACACUGUGUUAUGGAUGGCAUCCAAAUAAGUUUGGAUCACUUUAUUAGACUUCUUAAUCAAUAUGAUCUGAAAUCAUACUCGAGAUCUAAAUCUUCAAUUAAUUCAAACCUAUUGUCAAGUUCUAUACAAAUUAACUUAUCUUCAGUUAAUUUAUUCACAUCUGAUUUGAUGUUACGAAUAGAUUCGGCUGCCACUGACUCAAACUCAUCCAAACUGACCACUAGUAUCAAUGGUCUCGCAUUAAGUACAAUGUAUAAGCCUUCGGCAACACUGUCGUGUUUGCGUGCGGCAGAACUGACCGAACAGAGCAGUAUAAAUGACCGCAUUGUCUACUUAUCGGUAUUUCGGUUAAACUUGAAUUACGACACACACGAGAAUACCAUUACAUUGACUGAAGAGGUGUUCAUCCAAUGGAAUUCAUCGUUUCAUUUGACUUUAAUUGAAUUAUACGACGAGUUCUUAUCGAGAUUCAUGCAAAAGACAAACAAUACGGUCGAGUCUUUAUCAUCGGUGUCCGUAACCGUCAAACUCGACGGCAAAAUCAGAAUCGGUGCUCUUCUGUCUAAUUCUGGAAAUACAAUUGCUUUAGAAACUGAAUUUUUAUCCCUUUCCAUACAUUCAAACAAAAUUAGCUCAAAAUGUGAUUUUCUAUUCGUCUAUUUCGACAAAAACUUGAUAAUGACUUUAGAGAAUAUUUGUAUCAAUCAAUUCUCUGAAUCUGAUUCUCAAUCUAUUUUAAACCGAAAGAAAUAUUUGAAUCCAAGUUUAGAGACCAAACGAAAUAAAGUGAUAUCGAUUUGUAUCGAGAAUAUUGUCAUAUCUUUUCCAUAUCUCUAUAAUUUUGCCGAAACUUUUAACGAAAAGUUAAUAACUAUUGUAAAAUGGUUGCGACAAAUACAUAGAAGUGAUUUCGAUUUAGAAAAUCAAUCACAAAAGACAACACUAUUUCCUGAUAUUUUGCUUAAAGUCCAAAACGCUUCUAUGGAAGUGGCAGACGAUCCAUUUGAAGUCCAAUUAAGUGAUAAUUAUGAACUAUUAGAAGAUGAAUAUAAAGAGUCACUUAAAAGAUGGCAAAUGCUUUCUGAAAAAAUUGAAGAGAGAAGGCGUAAAAAUAUAUUACUUCCGGCGUCGAAGUUAGAAGAAUUGCAUAAUUUGUUUGCCAAACAAAAUGCCGACACUUAUAUUGAACGUUCAAAACGUCUGUAUGAUUCGUCACCAAUGAGGACACGACUGUUUACUGUGCGAAUCGAGGGACUUGAGUUGGAAGUGGUUGCAGAUUCCAGUUAUAAUACUUAUGAACAAAAAGUAUCGAUUUUGAAGCGCAUCGAUAACGAGAGUUUAUUUCCUGAAGAUCUCCGUUUUAGCACAAUUUGGUGCCGAAGAGUAUCAGCUAAUAUAAAUACAGGUGUUGUCUCAUUGAGAGACUUUCCUCAGCCAAUGACUGAUGUAAGAGAUCUUAGUUUACAUGGGAUUGUAUUGGGUGCGGAACAGGAGGCUAGUAGUAGAGCAAAGAGAACUUGUUAUAUAGACAUUGGAUCUAAUUUUGAACCAAUUAGUAUCGAGCGCUCGAUGACUACUCUAAAGCUUUAUCACGACGUGACUUUUGAUGCGACCAACUUUGCCUACACUCACGGUGCCUGUUGGGAACCCGUACUACAACAGGUGGGCUUAUCAUUUGAGUACAUAUUCAGGCCCUCACUGGACCCGAGUCCGACCCUUUCGUGGUGGGAUAAAAUGCGUUUCAUAUUUCACGGACCACUAGUCAUUAAUGCCGAACAACUUUCCAUUUUAUUUCACGCAUCACUUGAUCCCUAUAAUACUACAGAACUGAUUGAAAUAGGACUCUAUAAAAGCAAUAAUGAGUGGUUGAAUGGAAAGAUACUAAUAAAAGGCAAUUUAGAUCUAUUGGCUCACACGGCCUCUAAAUAUGAUGAGUUACGGAUCGUUCACUUACCUAAUGUUAAUAUAUAUAUAAAUCUUGAUUGGGUUUGUUUUGGACAUAAGAACGAUCAUCACUCAGUCAUGCCGUGUGCAGCCGAUAAAGUACCAGAAUAUUCAAGCAAUCAAAUGCAUGACUCUUAUCGAUCAUUUAGAUCACAUAAUCUCAAUAUAUCUGCUUCUCUAGAAACAAGAGCUGUCACCGAUCAGAACGAAUAUCCGAAAGUUUUAAUUUAUAAUUCAACCCUUCGAUGGUUGGAAAACAAGAUGUUUAUGAUUGCAGGUAUUCCACGAUUGACACGAAGAGGUAAACUCUUUAACAAUACAAAGCCACGAAAAGUACCCUUUGGGCGCAUAUUUAAGUCAAUUCGAGUCACUGUCUAUUUGCAUAAGUUUCAGAUCUCCUAUUGGUCUUCGUUUAAUAAACAAAGAGGUUUUGAAAUAAUCAGUUCUAAUCUAACCCAUAGUGCAGAACACUUGCAGUCAUUUAUUCCCAUCAAUGAUAAUCUUAAACAUCGCACAAAACCAGUUUGGGAUAUGCUUUAUAUGAAUUCCGAAUUAUCCGACGUUGAGAUUUGGCUCUAUAAGGGGUUGGGAGGCGACACCACAAUAACUAACUCCGAGUGGUGUGGAGAACGACAAUAUUUUUUAAGUGUUAAGAAAGUAUCGUAUAAUAGAGAGACUAAAUCUCCAUCAAAUGUAAGAGAAAUUGAUUCAGAAGCGCCUACACAUAGACUGGUUGUUCAUGACUUACGAGGCGCGUGGACUAAGGAUAACCGGGACGUGGCGUUCGGACUCUUUGAUUCAUAUAUGAAGGGACAACAACUUAAGCGAAACUUAUCGACCGAUGCUUUACGCGCUUUCAAAGUAGACGGACAAUCGGGUUCUCCAAAAAAACGUGGUUUCCAUCAAACAAGUACAACAAGUCCUGCUUCGACUAUAUCUAAAGGACACGCCGCACAUAUGCUACAGAAACUGAUUGCUGAAGCAGAAACUGCAUCCAGUACUGUAUAUACUGAAGACAUUGAAAAUGCUGUCACAACAGAGAGUUCACAAUUACAUGGUGUGGAGGCCUGUCAGACAAAAGAUGUUCUUCAACACAAUUGGCUCAUUGAGCUCAUCAACUCUCAAGUAGUUCUGCGCGGCUGUGAAACUGAUGGCUAUGUCAUUGUUAGUGCAGCCAAAGCACAAAUACUGCAACGUAUUCAUCGACCCGUUUGGAAAAACCGAACCCUCUAUUCCAAGACGACUUGGCAGGGAUUACUUGAAUGUAUGCAAUAUUAUGCAACUGUUGACAGAGUGGACGCAUCGGUGGGCGUUCAGAACGAUGACAUAACUUGGCUUACACUCGACAAUAUAGAAGAAUGCAAUAAUAAAGAUAUCAUUGAAUUACCAGAUCUUGUCGGAAGUGGUCAUAGUGUUGGAGGAGUGGUUAGUUCAGAAGUUGGUACCUGUAGUGGCAGUGAAAUGUGUGGCACUUCGCCUCCUAUUCAAUUGCAACGUAUAGUCUCUCGUUGUAAAUGUCAGUUCUUUUAUGCCUCUUAUGGAGAGAAUGUAGAUCCAAAUGAGUACGAAGAUGUUCCUCCUCUACCUCAAGACAAUGAUUUGCUUCUAUUAGAACCCUGGGAUAGGGAGAUAACUGUCGAUACAUUUACGUUGACUCACCACGACUUAGAGAUUAGUACUAAUUCGCAGCAGUUCUCAAUGAUUAUGGAUUUAGUUAACAAUCUAUUACUUUAUGUUGAGCCGCACCAGAAGGAACUCUUUGAAAAACAACAAAAUAUUAGAUUUGGAAUGCAAUUGAGUUCUAUUGAAGACCAGAGAGAACCCAUUUCACAAUUACAAGACAAAGUCAGAUCACUUGUGGCUAAAAUUAAAAUUAUAGAGAAAGAAAGUUAUACCAUACAUAAGGCACUUGUAGAAGAACAUGGAUCAGGUUCUCAGUUGGAACUUAAACUUAUAGCAGACGCCCAACAAAUUGAGUUUGAAUUGGAUGAAUGCAAAGAGGAACUGAAUAUUUCAUCCGAAGACUUGACUAUUAUGAUUAACUGUUUCAAAGAGGCACAGCUAAGUGCGUCCAAAACUAAAGAGCGACAAACGGCCGCACAGGAGACGGGAGGCAUAAUCAUUGCUAAUGUCAUUCGCAGAAAUGAAGUUUGCUUUAAACACGCAGUUUGGCGACUAACCGACGCCGACGGACAGUUAGGUUUAGCAGAUCUCGUUCUCAGCAAUUUCUUGUACACUAAAGUCAGCAAAAAUGAUGAUUCAGUUGAACACUCAUUUGAAUUGGGAUACAUUCACUGCUCUAAUCUUUUACCAAAUCAAGUCUAUAAAGAUGUCAUAGAAUUGACUGAAUUGCAACCAAAUAUACCACUUGAUAGACAAAUCGCAUUAAGAGUUUUCUGUAGAGAAAGAGCACCCGUUGGAGGCAUUUCAGUCAAAGAGCAUCUGGAGGUUAAUGUUAUACCUUUAACUUUGGGUUUAACCUAUGCUUUCUUCAAAAAUAUGCUUAAAUUUUUUUUUCCGAAUCCAACAAAUUCUGAGACAACACAUCCAGAGGCUAAUGAAGACAAUGAAUCGCAGACUAAAAGUAAUAAAAAGAAAAAUAAUUUGAAAAGAGAUGAAAGCACUCAAAGUAUGUCAAGCAAUGGCACCAAUUCGACAAUUACCUCAAGUGUUGGAAAAUCUUUAAGUAUACAGUCAGCGACAUCUUCGACACUUCAGAUGACUAAAGAUAAUGAGAGACACAUAGAAAAAAUGAGAGAAAGGGCUCAAAAGAACCAGACAUUCGUCUACAUUAAGAUACCAGAAGUUCCCAUUAGAGUGAGCUAUAAGGGGAAUAAAGGCAAGAAUUUAGAAGACUUGCAUAACGUAUCAAUUAUUUUGCCGACAAUGGAGUACCACAACCGGACCUGGACUUGGCUCGACUUAUUGAUGGCACUCAAGAAUGACUCCAAACGUAUUCUUCUAUCACAAGCUCUUAAACACAAAUUCCAUAUUUCAGGAAAAGGAAAGUCAAUUACAACCGAAUUAGACCCGAAUAAGAGUUCGCAACAGUCGGACAAACCCGAAGAGGACGAGGAUAAGGCUCGUAUGCUAUUAGGGAAUAUAGCCGUUCCUAACACUCAUAAAACCAAAUCCAACAAACUUUCAAUUUUUAAGAAAUAAUUUACUAAAACACAAUGUAUAACACUAUUAUUAUUUAAUAGAUUACUUUAUA